GUUCAGUGCACAAAGUGCGUCAGUCCAAGUUGUACCUGGUGGCAGCACUAGUUGCCAACACCACCAACAUCAACAUUACUAACACAAACACUUAUACCAGUACAGGCAGUUAUAGUCAAACUAAUAAUACAACAACAAUACUACGACAAAAUAGUGACAGUGUGCUUGACAAACAACGCAACAACAAAAUCGGAGCGGCCGAAUGUAGCAACGAAGCAAAACACGACGACAACGACGACAACGAUUUCGGCUGAAGGCUGUGAGGCGUGACAGUCACUGUGCAAGCRACAACGACGACAACCAAAAUCAGUGGCCUUAGUGACGGACAGUCMGACGGGUAGACGGUUUGCGGCAUAGCAAAGCACAACACAUAACAAUACAUUGCAUUUGAGCAAUAGUGCAUAGCGUAAUUGUGUGCGCCUAUAAGUAGAUUUGGUGAAGCGGAACGCAAGGCGGCACAGCGUAACGCAUUCAGCACACACAUACAAAACGGGCUCAACAACGAGAUAGUAUUUAGUGAAAGCGCCAAGGAAUCAUGAAUUUCAUUGGUGGAGAUGGCGGUGAUGAUGGUGACGAUAAGGAAAAGGCAGAGGAGGAGGAGAGAGAGCGUCAGGAGGCCAUACGUGAGGCCGAAGAACGGCGAAAGGAGAAGCAUCGUAAGAUGGAAGAGGAGCGCGAAAAGAUGAGACAAGAUAUUCGUGAUAAGUACAACAUAAAGAAAAAGGAGGAAGUUGUCGAAGCCGCGCCCCAAGAAGAACCCAAUCCGCUGAUGCGAAAGAAAAAGACGCCCGAAGAGUUGGCUGCCGAAGCGGAACAGGAAGAGUUAGACGAUUUCACAAAACUGAAAAAUCAAAUAGAAACGCAAGUAAAUGAGCUAAAAACUCAAAUAGAGGGAAAAUGUGUCAUGCAGUGAUAUGUCAUCAUAUGAUUAUGAAUACCAAAUUAUACCUACAUAUAUAAACAAAACAAAUACAACAACAACAAAAUAACACAAAUAAAUGAAAUAUAUGAAGCAAACAAAUGCGUACGCAAGAAAUAUAUAACAAAGCAUAACAUGCAUAUAUAUAAACAAAUAUAUAUACUUACAUAUAUAUAUAUAUAUAAUUGAAAG